AUGGCAAGCACAGCAGUCUGCGUGACUCCGGUCAAGAAGCGCUCUGCAGUCUUCAACACCCGUACCGCCGGCGGUCGGAUACCACUGACACCCUCCCCUCGCACCCCACGCACUCAGACUUCCGAUGUGCAGGCACACGAGUCGAUCCAUGGCAACGACUUCAAGUCCCGCAUCCAGCGCUCCGUCACCAAGACCACCCGCGACUCCCCCAAGUCCAACAUUGCUCGCUCCCACACACACACUCCCCGCCGGUUAGAACUCGGUGUAUCAGAGUGGGCCCUCACUGGAUCCGGUACUGCUGCCGCGGCCAAGGCAAAGAAGGAGAAGAAGGAGGCGGCGGCUGCUAUUCGCGCUCGCCCUACCAAGACCCGCAUUGCCUACAACGCUGCCGACCGUUUCAUCCCCAACCGGACGGCAAGCGAGGGCAUCCGCAGUGUCGGUGCCGCCAAGCUCGAUGUUGAACAGCGCCCCAAGUCUAGCUCCAAGCAGGAGGGCUCAACCGUGCUUGCCAACGCCGCCAGUGCUUUCGAUCUCGGUGGCCGUGGGUCAGAGGAAGACGUCACACUCUCCUUGGAGGGUCUGAGCCUCGAGGACGACGACGAGGAGAGCCGAUCAAAAUCAAAGCCUGCUCCUGGCCAGGCCGCAUACCAGUCCACACUCGCCUCGGCAUGUGGCAUCAACACAAACACUCGCAUUCUUGCUUUCAAGCCUGCCCCGCCUGAGUCGUCCAAGCCCAUCGACCUUCGCUCGCAAUACAACCGUCCCCUCAAGCCUACUAGCGCCGCCAAUGCACAGAGCCGUCGUCGCAUCCCAUCAGCGCCUGAGCGCGUCCUCGAUGCUCCUGGUCUUGUCGAUGACUACUACCUCAACCUUCUUGACUGGUCUUCCGGUAACCAGGUCGCCAUCGGUCUUGAGCGCUCAGUCUACGUCUGGUCUGCUGACUCCGGCUCAGUGGCCUCUCUCCUUGAGUGCCCUGCUGACACCUACAUCUCAUCCGUCAAGUGGUCUGGGGAUGGUGCCUACGUUGGUGUUGGUCUCGGCACGGGCGAGGUUCAGAUCUGGGAUGUUGAGGAGCAGACCAAGCUUCGUAGCAUGUUCGGCCACGAGACCCGUGUUGGUGUUAUGGGAUGGAACAAGCACAUCCUCUCCACCGGUGCCCGCUCUGGUCUUGUGUACAACCACGACGUUCGCGUCGCACAACACAAGAUUGCUGAGCUCGUCUCCCACACCGGAGAGGUCUGCGGUCUUGAGUGGCGCGCCGAUGGUGCCCAGCUCGCUACUGGCGCCAACGACAACAUGGUUAACAUCUGGGAUGCUCGCGCGCUUGCCGCUCCCAAGUUCACCAAGACCAACCACCGUGCUGCUGUCAAGGCUGUCUCAUGGUGCCCAUGGCAAUCCAACCUGCUUGCCACCGGCGGUGGUUCCAACGACCGUCAAAUCUACUUCUGGAACACCACUACUGGUGCUCGCAUCAACCACAUUCCUACCGACUCCCAGGUCACCAGCUUGCGCUGGAGCACCCACUACAAGGAGAUUGUCAGCACUGGUGGCUUCCCCGACAACAGCUUGAGUGUCUGGAGCUACCCCUCUGGUGUCAAGAACCCUGAGAUCCCUGCCCAUGAGUCUCGUGUCCUCCACAGCUGCCUCAGCCCUGAUGGUCAGAUGCUUGCCACCGCCGCUGCCGACGAGUCCCUCAAGUUCUGGAAGAUCUUUGAGAAGAAGCCCGGCCAGCCUUCCGUUGCCGCUGCUGGCUCUGCUUCCAUGAAGCCCAGCGCCACCAAGCAGAUGACCAUCCGUUAG